GUUAGUUCCUUGGGAGUGGCCACAAGGACCGGGGAUAACUGCAGGGAAAAAUGGAACCAGCAGCUUUCAAAGGCGAAAGAGAUCCAUUCCCUGCAGCAAAAACACCAGAGAGGGACUGGCGGAGGGGGAAAGAUGCCACAGGCCGACCCUACACUGCAGAGAAUAAUAGAAACAUUCGAAAAAGACGCAGCAUUCAGAGGCAUCACUGGUGGAUUUGAGUCUGCAGUAACCACACCUAUAAAGGCUACAGCAGCAGUCUCCCUCCCUGCUACAUUACCUGAUCUGGCUGGUUGGACUCCUGUAAAUCAAGCUGCAGAUGUUGAUGUCGACUGCUCAGAUGCAGUGGUUGUGGCAACCUUUGAUCGUCAACCACACGAAACACACAUAGAGGGAGCCACAAUAAUUCUUGAUUCUCAACAGACGAUGACAGCCACUGCAAUGACUGCCCCAAAAUCUCCAGCCAAAAAGAAGGCCAAACUGUGCAAAGUCACUGGUGCCAGGAAAGCACAUGCGAAGGGUCUGCUGACAGACGCCAUGUGCCGACAGAAGACUCAGCAGGAUGUAUUUAACAUGCAGCUUGAGGUCCUUGAGGCAACUCUUGUUACGCAGAAGGCCACAACACGUACUCAGGAAGUUCUUCAGAAAGAGGCUGGCCUUCGAAUAGAAAAGCUACAGCUGGAGAUUGCUCUGCUGAAGGAAAAGGAGUUCUUGGGUCUGUCGGGCAUUGAACUGUAAAUUUAUGUGUAAAUAGUAUCUAU